GCGGGGCACUUCACCCGUAGAGUCGUUCAGGCUGCUGCUGCUGGGGUUAAGGAAGGAAAGGUGGCGUAGGCGAUGUGGCCGACCCUGCGUUACUUAGGCACUGCCUGCAGUCUGGCUCGAUGUCGCUUUGCUGGAGGUUUCCUCCCGGCAAGCGAGCGGACGCCUGGGGGGCCGGGGCUGCUGUGCUGGGGUGACCGCAGCUUCAGCACUAGCUCAUUUGAUAUAGUCAUUGUCGGUGGCGGAAUUGUGGGGCUUGCCUCUGCCAGAACACUCAUCCUGAAACACCCCGGACUUUCGAUUGGUGUUGUGGAAAAGGAGAAAGAUUUAGCCCUUCACCAAACUGGACGGAACAGUGGGGUCAUACAUAGUGGAAUUUACUACAAACCUGAAUCCCUGAAAGCUAAACUGUGUGUAGAAGGCGCAGCCCUCAUCUAUGAGUACUGUAAGCUCAAGGGAAUUCCCUACAGGCAAUGUGGCAAGCUAAUAGUAGCUGUUGAGCAAGAAGAAAUCCCUAGACUUCGGGCCCUGUAUGAGAGAGGUCUGCAGAAUGGAGUCCAAGGCUUGAGACUGAUCCAACAGGAGGAGAUAAAAAAGAAGGAGCCAUAUUGCAGGGGUCUAAUGGCCAUUGACUGUCCAUAUACUGGCAUUGUGAACUAUCAGCAGGUAGCUUUGUCAUUUGCCCAGGAUUUCCAAGAUUCUGGUGGCUCUAUCUUGAAAGAUUUUGAAGUAAAGGAUAUUGAAAUCACUAAUGAAAGCCCUUCCAGAAGUAAGGAUGGGAUGAACUAUCCAAUCACUGUCAAGAAUACUAAGGGAGAGGAGGUUCACUGUCGCUAUGUGGUGACAUGUGCAGGACUUCACUCAGACCGUAUUUCAGAGUUGAGUGGCUGCAGUCCCGAUCCUCAGAUUGUCCCAUUCCGGGGCGAUUACCUGCUCUUAAAGCCAGAAAAGGGCUACCUUGUCAACGGGAAUAUUUAUCCGGUCCCGGAUAGCCGCUUCCCUUUCCUUGGAGUUCACUUUACACCAAAGUUGGAUGGCACUGUGUGGCUCGGGCCGAAUGCAGUGCUUGCCUUUAAGCGGGAAGGUUACAGACCCUUUGACUUCAGUGCCAGAGAUGUUAUGGAAAUAAUUCUCAAGAGUGGUUUCCUUAAAAUGUUGCUUCAGAAUUUCUCGUAUGGAGCAAAUGAAAUGUAUAAAGCCUGUUUUCUCAGUGAGACAGUGAAGCACCUUCAGAAGUUCAUCCCUGAGAUCACCACCAGCGAUGUGCUUCGAGGCCCGGCUGGAGUACGAGCCCAGGCCUUGGACAGAAAUGGAAAUCUGGUAGACGAUUUCGUGUUUGAUGGAGGAGCUGGGGAGGUUGGAGAUCGUGUUCUUCACGUGAGAAACGCGCCUUCUCCCGCCGCCACCUCUUCCCUGGCCAUCUCUAGGAUGAUUGCAGAGGAAGUGCAGCAAAGAUUUAAGUUAUGAACGGUGGAGGGAGCUGUGUUUGCGUCCUAGUCCCAACACGAGCAGCAAGGAGCUGCCAGCUGUGUUUUUGAAUUAAAUUAAGAUUAUUUUAAAACUACACUUUUUAGGCUAAAAUAGCCAUCGACUUAUUAACAGGAUAUAGCAGAUCUAAUUUUUAAAAAUUCAGGUCCAUAUUCUUAAGGACAAAGAAGCAAAGAGCGUCUGUACCUGUUCUGAAGCCUCGAGUUUGUUAGGGAUUUACCCAACUCUACGUGAUUUAGGAAGGACUUGGGAAGGGGGCACAAAACAUGGACUAUUCCAUAAUCAGUGUUUGGCUUUAUAAUUAAUUUUUUUCCUGGAAAAAAUAUGUCGAAGUGUAUUGUAGGGUGUGACAUUCUCUUAAUCUGAAGAGUCUGGAAAGCUUAUAUUAUUUAGUGAGUUUUUUAAAUCUGGAAACUGAAAAUGCUUGAUUUUAAAAUUAUUUUAAAAGGGAAUACAUGAAAUUUUGUGUUUCUAAGUAGCAUAAACAAACCCAGCCCUCGGUCUCUUUGUAAGCCACCGCCUGGCUCACCACUGUGUAAUUUUAACCAGUUAUUUAUUCCACACUUCUGUCCUUUGGUCACACUGAGGGUUCCAGGAUGUUGGCCAGGAUUACUGAUGGUUCAUACCUACGUGGGUUUUCAGAAUUCCUAUAAACUUUGCGAGGACAUUUCUCCAUUUUUGCUUAAUAUCUAACUUGGAGGCAUUCACUUUUGUAAGCCGCGAAAGUGCCUUAUAUUCUUCUUAUGUACUUCAUGAACAUGUAAGUUGGCGCCAAGUGCUGUACUGAAUACUCGUGUGCGUGCGUGUGUGUAGUACCAUACUGUACUGUAUUGUGCGUGUGCAUGUGUGUCUUAGCUGAUGACGUGUCUUACAGUUCAGAACAUUGGAAAUUAGAAAUGUAGGUGAAAAACUGGCAACUUGGCAGUGGAAUCAGAGCCGGCACUUAGGUGAGAGGCUUCAUUCGUCUCUCACAUGUGUUCUCUCAGGGUUCAUCUUUCAUCUUCCUCACCAACGCUCUGACGGGGGCCUGAGAAGGCUGCGUGUGUUGAUAGGAAAACCUUUCCUUUUUUUAUUUUCUCCCCACUCUGGCCCUUGGUGGUUACAUUCAUUAAGCUAUCUCAUCCAUUAAUCUGAAAGGAUACUUACUAUGAUCUUCAGUUCAAGAGGCAGCACAUCCCAGGUAAGUAGAUGAGGCAGUUAUGCAAGACAUGGGAUGGGCAUAUUGAAACAUUUAGAAAUCAUUUAUGGAGGCAACAAACCCUAAUGGUUCUCCAUAACAAUAGAUUUCCUACGAGAAAUGCCCCGUGUGGAGUGCUUCUCUGUUCUAAGACUUCUAAGGGAUAUAACAUUACGUGAAGAUUAUUUUCCUUUUAGAUGUGGCGAGAGAAGUGUGCCGUGGUUCUCUUCUCUAUCGGCUGUGAGAGCUUGUGCACACACGCUAAGCUGUGCACGACUAAAGUUACAAAAAUAACUGUCACGAUUGAAGCAUCCUUAUUCCAUCUGGGUAUGCAUUUAUGCUCCAAAAUAACAGAGACAAUUUUGGUGAAAUAUGUCAGUUAUUCUGUUUGUAAAAUAUUUGAUAUUUAUGUCAAUAGGAUUUUUUGUUAAAUACUGAUAUAUAAGAAUUUUGUGUCUUCCUAAGAAAAGAAAAUGUAUAUUAGUAUUAAAAUAUUUUAAUGAUC